UAGAGCAAAGUUUACACACACGCUAUGAUUGUCUUGUCCCUGUCCACCCCGGCAGGCACGGCCGACCUUUCACCUACUUCCCCUCUCAAGCUAACAGCUGCUGCACUGCUAAAGACAACAAACGGCCGGCGUUUACAAAAUACAGUACUGGUGAUUAAAGCUUGGGAAGAGCAUUUAGAAAUGUGGAUGAGUACACUUGCACGUUUUGCUCGUCCCGUCUUUCAAAGGAGCCCCUCCCCAUUGGUCUGCAAGGCAAUGAAAGCUUGUCGUAGGAUGGAGCUGCCUGCACCAAGUUUCUGCAUGACACCAGUACAUAUUCGCAGACAUCAAACCCUCGGUUCUGCCCCCAUGCCUGUGGCUUCUCACUCAAUGAGACAUGUACGUGCUCUGGAUGAGGAGAGGCUGAUGGCGGUGGAAUGGGAAGAUGGAGGCCAAAGCUUGUACCCAUUCACCUGGCUGAGAGACAACUGCCAGUGUCCGCACUGCACCCUGCGGUCAGCUGAGGCCCGCUUGCUGUUGAUGGCUGAUCUUGAUAUCCACACAGGAAUGGAUUCUGUGGAAGUUACCAAAGAUGGCAAGGUUUCCAUUGUGUGGCCCGACCAGCACAUGAGUGUGUUUGAUGCAGAGUGGCUGAAGAAACGCUGUUUUUCUGAUGCUGCCAGACAAGCAAUGCAGGAGGAGCUGUUCCUCAAUGAGCGUUAUUAUUGGGACGCGACGCUGCGUAUUCCCCAAGCUGACUUCCAGGAAGUUCUCCAUGACGAUGGGGCUGCGCUCGCCUGGCUCCUGGCCCUGCGGCGAGUUGGUAUCGUGCACCUAAAGGGGGCGCCUGCAGAGCAAGGUCAAGUGGCCAGACUGGCUGAGAGGAUUGGAUAUCUCAGGCUGACGUUUUACGGGCAUACAUGGCAGGUCCAGGACAAGUCCAUGGCAAACAAUGUGGCGUACACUUCAGGGAAGCUGAGCCUGCAUACAGACUAUCCAGCUUUACACUUUGCACCUGGGGUGCAGUUCCUGCACUGCAUUAACCAGGCAAAGGAAGGAGGGGAGAGCGAAGUGGUGGACGGCUUCCACAUGGCUGAGCAGCUGCAGCGAGAAGAUCCGGAGGCCUUCCGGACGCUCACCUCGCUCCGUGUGGACUUCACCGACACCGGGACGGACUACUGCGACUUCAUGCUGCAGUCCAAGAAUCGGAUCAUCGAUGUUGACUCCGAGGGAAAAGUCACAAAAAUAAACUACAACAACGCCACCAGAGACUCUGUGCUGGACCUCCCCUUACAUCAGGUCCAGCCCUUCUAUAGAGCCCUGAAGGCCUAUGUGGACAUCAUGAACAGACCGGAAAACGUGGUCACCUACACCAUGAAGCCAGGUGACAUUGUGACCUUUGACAACUGGCGUCUGCUGCACGGCAGGAAGAGCUACAUCAGCAGGCCAGACAGGCUGCGACACUUGGAGGGUGCCUACUUGGACUGGGACGAGGUGAUGUCUCGUCUCCGGAUUGUCCGCAGAAAUGUCCACGGAGACGCGUGAGCGUCGGACAAAAGGUCACAUUUACAUAGAAAGACUUAAAGCCUCUUCUAGGAUCUGAAACUUCUAUUAAAACUACACAUUGGUCUUAAAAAGUGCUGACAGAAUUAGAUAGUAAGCUAAAAGCAAAGUCUAUUUAAUAUUCAGAUUGGAGCCUGAAACUUGUGCAACGCAACAAUGCAACGAUGAAUACGCCUUGUUUGUAGAUUUAAAAGGUGUCUUUGGAGGUUUUGUUUUUUUAAUUAAACCUAACUAUGUGGUAUUUCACAUAAAAUAUGCUCUAAUUUAUUUUUAUUUUUAAAUGUUAUUCCCUGUUCUGAUUAAAAUAUCUGGCAUACAUUUUUUUUAUUAUAAAUAUUUUUGUGUAUUUUGUCUGAUAAAUAUCCGUAAGAAAAAUUUGGCAAAAAAGAAAAGAUUAAAUAUAAUUAGUGCUGUGUCUUUUUACAUCUUUGAACAAAAAUAACCAAUUACAGACAAAAAGCAGGUGUUUAAUGAUUGAAUUUUUUCCAAGGGGAAAAAAAAUAACUACCCGAACCUACCAGGCCGUAUGUAAAAAUGUAAUCGUUCUAUUCUCAGCCUUCAAUUGUUGAAUUAAGAAAUCACUUAAAUCCAAUUUGUCUGACAACAUAAAGUACAUGUUAAAAUCAAAAAGCACAGCAGCAUAUGUUUUGACAGGAUUUGCAGGAGUUCCCUUUUAUUUUGAAAGAAAUCAUGAUUCCUUGCAUCACAAAGAUAUUUUGACAAAUGUCCUGAGAUGUGAAGUUAAUUGCAACAAAGUUCACAUUUUUCUGUCUUUGUAAACAAGCCGUCAUGUUUCUCGUGCGUCCGUGACUAUAUUCACACAGGUACAUUUUUUUUAAAGUGAAAAAAUGAAUAUACCACAUUUUUCUUGUAAGAGCUAAUUUGAAAGAAAUUGGUUUUAGUUUAUUUAUGGGCAGCUCUGGUCUCAAAGUGGUACCAUUUGUACUUUUAAGGGUUUAGUAUGAAGUUAAACAGCCAUGUUUCAAACCAUUUCCUGCAAUACGUCUUACAAAAAAACAACACAAAUUUAAGUGUGUUUUGUCAAAAAAAAAUCAAUUACAACAGCUUCAUUUAGGACAACUUUAUUAUAUUGCCAAAGCUGUACAUAAUCUAUAAAUACCUUUUUUUUUUACCUCCAAAAACUGGAAUGCUUACACCUGGCAUCUCCUUACUGUUUCCCUCUCUUUCUCAGCCAGUGAGAACAAUAACAGAGAUGAAUUGUAAUAUUCCAGAUUUUAAAAAAAAAUACAAACAAAAAAAAACUU